AUGACACACCACGAUCUCGAAACCGGAGUUGACUCUCUAUCAUCUGCUGGCAUGGACAAGCUCAUGCGAGUCGUCACUUCAGGCGACAAUGACGAAUACAUCCAUCUGGGAGGCCACAAGUACCAUCGCAACGAACUUGCAAAGGCCUUUGGAGGCCAAUUCAACCCCGGUUCUGCUCCCAUUCCGUCAAGAAAGUUCGCCAACACCGCCCCCAUUGGUGUUUUUGCCUUCUCCAUUGCCAUUAUUCUUCUGGGUCUGUAUUUGACCGAAACACGAGGAAUUAUGACCCCCAAUCUCGUCGUCGGUAAUGCUCUGUUUGGAGCAGGCUUAGUGCUUUUUGUGGCUGGGCUGUGGGAAAUUGUUGCCGAAAACACCUUUGCAGCCAUCGUUUUCAUGUGCUUCUCCUGCUUCUGGAUGUCAUACGCCGCCAUUAACAUCCCCUGGUUCGGUAUUAUUGAGGCUUAUACAGAUCCUGGAGAGUUCGCUAACGCCAUGGGCGUCUAUCUGAUGGUUUGGUUUGCGUUUGCGGUGGUCCUGACACUCUGUACAGUCAGAGCAACCAUUCCCUUCUUUCUGCUCUUCUUCUUCCUCGAUCUGGCUCUUAUGUUCCUGGCCAUUGGCUACUUCACCGAUAACUACGCCUUCAUCAACGCUGGCGGCGGCUUCUGCAUUGCCUGUGGUGUCAUGGGUUUCUGGAACGCCUGGGCAGGUAUGGCCACAGCAGAUAACACCUUCACCUGGCUUCUUCCAGGUACCUUUAUGAUGCCCUGGGCUAAGAAGACGGACUGA